UGACGGGGAAGCCAGUGCUCUGCCUCUCUCACGCUCCAACAGGAGUUUAGUCUGCUCCAGCUGCUUACACCACACGCACACAGAGAGAGCUGAGACCUGUUGCUAUCACAGCAAUGAUUUACAGCACCUACAGAGUGGAUUGUACACUGGAUUUCAGCGCUUGGAGUUGAUAACACUUAUUUACUUUUUAUAAGUUUGGUAUUUUGUCUGGUGCCUAAAUGCUGUCACUGGGCAAAAUGCACUCCAGAGCAAAGUCCCGGAGUUGUGACAACUACCUGAGUAUUAAGGACGCUGAGUCUUUGGACAACUGUAUCCAGAGCACCUUGUCGGCUCUGUACCGACCCUUCAGUGCCACCGCUGCCACGGUCCUGUGGCAGCUCUUCAGUGUGGUGGAAAGGCAGUACCGAGGAGACGGCCUCCGCUGCCUCAUUGACUUCUUGCUUCCUGCCAAGAGGAUCCUGCAGAUCAUCCAACAAGAAACCUGUGUGAGCUUCAGAGGAUUGCUGUUCUAUCAUGAGGGGUGGCCUCUCUGCAUCCACGAAAAAGUCGUUCUGCAGCUUGCCCCUCUGCACAAAGUGCGACUAAAGCAAGGAGACUUCUACCUACAGAUAGUUCCUUUAGGCCGCAAGACUGCCAAGCUAGUAAUAAAAUGUUUGUCAGCCAGUGGGCAGGCCAUUGCAGAAAUCCCCAUCGCAGAGAGCAUGUAUGGCAGCAUCUUCACAGCUGAGUGCUUGCAGAAUGUAACACGUGACCGAAACCUGCACCCACUACAGAACUGUCUGCUUACCACUGGUACGGCUGUGUACAGGACGCCGUUGAAGAACGUGGUCAACCCACUGUUUGUCAGCAGCACAUCGGACGCCAUCAUGCAAGCACACUGCAGCAGAGGUGGCUUCCGCGGCCAUCUCAGCACCUGCAGCACUAGUGGAUCCACAGGGACUCUGGACAGCCAUCGCAGCUCCAGAGAGUCCCUGCACUCUCAAGGAGCUGACUCAAUCUUUUCUGAGCCCACCUCCCAAAAUACACACCACAUAGACCCCAGCAGUGAGAACCACAGUGUCAGUGCACCGGACACUGCUACACCCAUCAUUCAAAUCAAAAGACCCACUGAUGAGUGUGGAAGUGAGGAUAGUGGUGGGAGAGAAAAGGGGCCGGGGUCCAAGAUGCUGUCUUUUAGUACGGACCUCAGUAACCCAGGCCCUCGACGCCGCCUCCCAAGAGACUCCGUAGCUUUUGAGAGCAGGAGACUUUUCAGGAAAUCUUACAUGGAGGCCCUGCAGAACCCCAUGAGCCUCGGGUCCAGCUCUGAAUCCAUCCUGGAAGAAAGCCCAGAGCAUAGUGGUGGCUUAAGAGAGAGAACAGUCACACCAGGCAACAGCCCCGACACCCAGUCCUCCUCCAGAGAACACUUAUCUCGGAGGUUGGGUAGCCGGGGCUGGCUCAGUGGUGAUGAUUCCAGGCCCAGCACACCUUUACAUUACUUACAGAGGGGGUUGAGGAGUGCAGAGAGACGAGCAGAGAGACGUUCAAAGUCACUGGAGAGGACUAACAAGGCAGGUCAGGUUAAGGGCCACCGGGAACGAUCCUCUUCUGGAGGCUCAGCUAGCAUCUCCCCCAAAAAGCUGAUGAAUGGCUAUGCUCUUCGUUUUGGGAAGCUGGAUGUUGAGGCAGCUUUUCCUGGUUCUGAGAGACAAAGCAGUAAAGAGGAGUCAGGACAGCGUGAUGACACCAUCAGCAGUGAGAGUAGGAGGCACAGGCACAUUGGGGAAGAGUCACACAGUCCUAAAGCUGCCAAUGGGACGGCCAUCAGGCUGGCUUCAGUAUCAAGCUCUUCCUAUGAGACUAACUCAGCCCUCCCCAAGCUGGUGUCAGAGGUCAAUCAAGAGCUGCUCACAUCGGGUGCUGUGACCUUGCCAGGAAACAGAGAUCGCAGUGGGAGGGCAGUGCUGCAGGUGUGCACGAGAUCUCAGGUGUGGGCAGGUGAGAGUUGUACGGUCAAUGACCUCACCUGUUUACUGGGCUACUACUACUCCACACUGCGGAAAGAAAGGCGUGAUCAAGGUCUAACUGUUGUAAUAGACAGCAGGAGGCAACAGCCUGUUCCAGCUCUGUUGUCAUCUGUGUCUGAAUUGCAGGCCUUAGUACCAAAUGCACUUUACUCGGUUCUCUUCCUGAUGGACAAGGAGACAGCAGCCAAACCAGAGAGAGACAUUAAUGUACAGACUGAGACGCUGUCAUCUCUGAAAGCCCUGCUGAAGCACAUCGACCAAACCCAGCUCACACAAGACCUGGAAGGCACCUUCCACUACGACCACAACCACUGGAUCCACUUCAGACAGAAAAUUGAACCAUUUGCCAGCAGUUGCAGCGCAGCCAUCUCCUCCCUUCAGGAGUCAAUCAGCACACUGAGCAACAGUGGCAACCUGAAGACCUCUAAGGAGGUGUCUGAGGUGAUGGAACAGCAGAGGCAUCUCAUGAAGUGUGUACUAGAUGACACCCGUCUAAACAGACUGCGUCUAGAGGGAGGCACUGUCCUCGCCCGCAUCAGGAAGGAAGAGGCCUGUGAGAAUGAAAACUACAGAGAUGCUGUAGACAUGUUGAAUGCACUGUACAACCAAGUAGAUGAAGAAGUCCAUAAGCUUGUGAUCCUAUCCAACAAGUCCCACAAACAGUUAGAGAACCUGCUGGAGGUGCGCAAGUUUGAGGAGCAAACACAACAGAUCAAACUCUGGUUCAGUGGAGAGGGAGAGAAGCAACUCGCGCCUUUGGAAUCGCUAACUCUGUCUGUGGCCAAAGUUAAGGAGAUGAGAGAGAGCUUGGACCAGUUUCUGGAGGAGUCCGUGCACCAGCAGAGGCAUGGCCUGCAGCUAGUGAAAGAGUCUCCGCAGUCCCUUCCAGGUUCUGUUCUCCUUGACUUUAAGCAACAUCUGGGCUCCAUCUUAAGCAGAGUGGAGAGGAGGAAGGCCCAGCUAGAGAUUUUAACCAACCUGUAUGAAUUCUAUGACUCAGUGAACCAGUGGGUGGAGCACUGCCAGCAUUAUUUCUGUCACCUGAGUCUGGACAGUACAGGUGUCAGAGUUUCGUCAUCUGUGGUGCAGAUCCUGCAGGAUUAUUACACCGAGGCAUCCAAGUUCUCCAUGGACAAUUUCAGCACCCUCAAUGACAUGGUGCUCUCCCUGGAGAGUCCUCAGCAGCUGCAGCAGUGGAACACAGUGCGGCACAAAUGUCAGCAAACCAAACAGCAGUUGGAAGAGACUUUGGCCCAAGCCAUGACAGCAGCCCCGAACUCUACAGACACGGCAGCUUCUUUAAAGACUGCAGAAAGCCAGAUAGCCACUACAGAACAGCAUGGAGCUAGUGGAUGUGUGCAUCUACCUGGGGCAAUUACGCCAUUAACUUUUGACGACAACAAGCCUCACUCCGCUGGGCCUUUCUCCAAGAGCCCCUCCAGUUCAAUCUCCUCCGCCACACACUUCACUUUCCCCACCGACUGUGACAGCAAACUGAGGCAGAGUCCGUCCAUGUUUGACGACACGGACAGCGACUGCACCAUUGACUCGACCAUUUCCUGCCACUCAGAGCCCGUCUACUCCGGGGCCGCCCGCCUUCGCAAGCAGCCAAUGAAGAAGAUCAUGAAGAAGACCAUGAGCUAUGAGCUGACUCCAAGGGACAGUGGUCACUCAGACGUCAGCCACAUUCAUGGCUACACGGGUGUGUACAUCAAGGGUUUGGAGGUGGCUAAUAAUGUGUCUGCAGAGAAGAAGCUGCAGAGACCUGACGUGACGAGCCCUGUGUUAGGACGCAGCCGCAGCAUGUCUACGCCCUCCAGGAUCCACAACAGACGCAGUGACGGAGAUGGCAAGAAACAGAGCAGUAAAGUGCAGCACAUCAUGGAUGAGAUGAUUUCCACAGAGAGGGAGUAUGUUCGCUCUCUUAGCUACAUCAUUGAGCACUAUUUCCCCGAGAUGGAGCGCCUGGACUUGCCCCAGGACCUGCGGGGGAAGCGCAGCAUCAUUUUCGGGAAUGUGGAGAAACUGUGGGACUUCCACAGUCAGUACUUCCUGAAGGAGCUGGAGUCAUGCGCCCACUCCCCGCUGUCCAUCAGUAGCUGUUUUCUCAGACACGAGGAUCAAUUUGGAAUGUAUGCUCUGUACAGCAAGAAUAAACCCCAGUCCGACACUCUGCUCAGCAGCCAUGGGAACGAAUUCUUUAAGAAUAAGCAGAUGGAGCUCGGAGACAAAAUGGACUUGGCGUCCUACUUGCUGAAGCCCAUCCAGAGGAUGAGUAAAUAUGCACUGUUGCUUAAAGACCUGAUCAAGGAGUGCAGUCAGUCCCAGGAGCAGGAGCUGAGUGACCUCCGCACUGCAGAGGAGUUGGUCAAGUUUCAGCUUCGCCAUGGCAACGACCUGCUGGCUAUGGAUGCCAUUCGGGGCUGUGAUGUGAACCUAAAAGAGCAGGGUCAACUCCGCUGCCAGGAUGAGUUCAUAGUCUGGUGUGGACGGAGGAAAUACCUCCGCCACGUCUUCUUGUUUGAAGACCUCAUCCUCUUCAGCAAGACCAAAAAGAUCGAAGGAGGAUAUGACAUUUACAUCUAUAAACAGUCCUUCAAAACAGCAGAGAUAGGUAUGACUGAAAAUGUUGGCGACAGCGGCCUGCGUUUUGAGAUUUGGUUCCGUCGGAGGAAGUCACAGGACACGUUUAUACUCCAAGCCAGCUCCGCAGAGGUCAAGGCUGUGUGGACAGCCAUCAUAGGGAAGAUUUUGUGGAGGCAGGCACUCAGAAACAGAGAGUUGCGCAUGCAGGAGAUGGUGUCCAUGGGGAUUGGAAGCAAGCCUUUCAUGGACAUCAAGCCAAGUGAUGCAGCUAUUAGUGACAGAGCCAUUGACUAUAUCAUGAAGGGGUCAGAGUCUAGGACCAGGGCGUCCAUCGCGGUGCCUUCGUUUGAACACGCCAUGUCGUUCAAGCGACCUCACUCCACCAUCUCCAAUAGCAGCACCUCCUCCUCCAGCAGCCAGUCAUCCUCCUCUCUGCUGGGCUCGCUCAAUCUUCAUCUUUACUCCUCACCCUCUCACCCGCACACACAUCCAUACCCAAUGGCCAGCGUUCCCUCCUUUGCCCAGUGGCCCUAUGACUGCAUAGAGGAGGAUGAGCUGGAGCAGGACACCGGGAGCCAGCCCUCCAUGAUCACUGAGAGCUCAGAGACAUCCUCCCAGUGUACCUCCAGUGACAGUGUAACAGGCCUGAGUACCCUCACUAUACCAGGGCACUCCAGCAUCGUCAUGGACUCCUACAACAACAAUGAGCCCCCCUCUUUCCUGUGCUCCUCCACACCUCCCUCCUCCAUAGCGUCUCCUUCGAUAUUCCAGAAAGAGGAAGACCUCCAACCCCAGGGCACCAAGUUCAUCACAGCAAGCAAGACCUCUCAUAUAGCAGUAGGCCUCUCUACUGUGGUCUGACUCAGAGCUGAGGGGUUUUAGCUCACUGUGAAGUCCUCAAGCUGAAUGCUACUUGAUGCCACAGCAGUUAGCAUAUCAGGACAAGGAGAUGAAGAUAAGAGUCCAGCUGCAGAGCACUAAGACUUUAAUGGAUGAACUAUUAUAUGACAUUUCAUUUUGAUACUGUAAAUUGGAAAUUGACAUAAUAUACACUGCCAUGAUGGUACGUCAGUGGUCUGUACAUUUGUUUUAAUGAACUAGGUAUGAAUCAGUGUUUAUAUUGUAGAUGAGUUUUUUGUAUUAUGUAUUUUACAAAACAAAAAAAAUAGCAGGCAGAUCAAUCCAGACAAUGUUGUACUGUCAUAUGUAUUUUGUUUUCUUCUGUUGCCAUUCCUGUGUUAUAACAAGUUUGUACAGAUGAUUAAACAUUUUAAAACA